AUGUUUCUGCAAAGAGUGCAUGCUUCAGUGAAAUACCAAAUUAAGCUUGAUUUUGGGUGUGAAUCUUUAAGUAAGGUGCUUGAACAUAUUCCUGAUAUUGUUGGUAUGAAUUAUACUCCUUCUACUCGGUUCUGGGCUGUAUCUACUAAGGAUGCAGUUGUUGAUAAUAAACCCGAUUUUCUUUCAGAAAUUGACACUUCCGUGACAACAUUUAGACUUAAGUGGCAUCCAGAUGCCACUGUUGACUGGAAGGAAUUGAAACAAAGCAUUUCAACUACUUGGAAAGUUCCUUCAGAACAUAUCCAAGUCAACGGCCUUGGUAAUUUAAUACAAGCAGAAAUUAAAAAGGACCACCUUGUAAAUGCUUCUGUCUCCAAAGUACUUUAUGUGAACUCAGUUACUAUUCAAAACUUAUCAUUUAAUCCAAGAUUAGGUAAGCCGACACUUUUGACCAAAGUUACGGAGCUGAUCCAACAAAAAUGUUCCACAAUGAUCCCUACUUCUUCUGGUGGUAGUAUCGAUCCUAAGGUACUUGAUAACCUUGUCUCAAAGGAUGACUUUAACAACCUCAAGAAGGAUUUUGAAAAGAGAAUUAAUGAACUAUCUCUUGAAAAUUCCUCACUUAAAACCGAUGUUGCUAAUCUCACCUCCAAUGUGGCAAAGUUAUCCACUGAAUUAGAGAACCUUAAUACUAUUACUGCUAAUUUAAAUAAGGAAGCAGUGUUCUCAAAGAGCCAACCAGCUCAACUCAGUGAUUUGAGUGACAAAACAACAAAACUCUUUAAGGUCUUUGAUGAUCUCACAAAGAGUGUUGACUCACUCAAGGAUGAAUUGUUGAAAAUGUCUUCCACUAACUCAACUGAACACACAGAGUUCCAAUCUAAAAUUUCAAAAUUGGACAGCUCUAAUAAUGCUGUAGAGAAGACAAAUCAAUCUCAACAAAAAUGCAUAGAUGAAGUUAUUUGUCCGACUAUUGAUAGACACAGUCUUGAACUCAAAAAACACCUCUCUUUCAUUAAGGGAGUUGAAAACAGGAUUGAUGAAGUGUGUACUUUGAAUAAGCCGAACUCAGACAAGCAAGCCAUUCUCCUUGGCCUUAUCAAGCAAGAGAGACUUGAUAUUGCCUGCAUCCAAGAAUCUCAUUGGAAACCUGAUGAGAUUAAGGAUAACAUCACUAAAUGCGCAAAGUUUUUUUCUCCAUGCAAAGUUUAUGCUUCCCAUGCUGAUCCCAAAGACAAAUCUGCUGGUAUUAUCACAAUAGUUAAAGGAACUCUUCAAAGAAAGAUUAUUUCUUUUGAGGAAAUAAUUCAAGGUCGUUUGUCAGUCCUUGAGUGUGAUCACGGAUUAGUCAAUGUGAUUAAUUGGUAUGGAUAUCAUAAAACUGGUGGUCCAUUUAAUAAGUUACUGAACCGAUUAAGUGAGUUGAUAGAUGAGUGCAUGUUUCAUAACGAGCAUAUUGUAAUCCUAGGUGACCUCAAUAUCAACACACUGUAUGGUAAGAUUAAGAAAAAGGCCAAAAUUCUCAAAGACUGGCUGGAGCUGUAUAAUCUAUCAGAUCUCACGCCCACUCCUACUCGUCCCUCAUUCAAGCUUAGUAGAGGAUCGGACCGUCCGUACCUUACUAGACCUGAUCAUAUCAUUUCCUCAUUCCAUGCUCCUAGCCGACUUUGGGAUGUUGAAAUGUUCCUGCAACAUAAGAUGUUGUGUGUCGAGUUGCCUUUAUUUAAUUGCGCUCCUCUUCCUUGUUUUCAAUCUAAAUUUGAUAAUGUUAAGUUUAACUUGAAAGGUUAUAAUGAUGCCCUUGAUUCGAAUAAUGCUAAGAUCUCCAAUUUUGAGUUGGGCUCAUUCCAAGAUUCCUUAACGGAUCCGGAUUCUCUGUCAACAAUUUUCCAGGCCUGCAAAAGCUUCUCCACUCAUUACUGA